UCAACUCUCAUAUUUGACACUAGUUUGACAGUUGUGAUUGCCAUUCUCAAAAUUAGUUUUAAAUAUCGUCAAUAAGCCCAAAAAUGUCUGGUCUCCCAGCUCCAGUUCGCGUUUCGCCACUUAUCAAAUUCAGCCGAUGGAGUUUGCUCACAGUCGGAGUCUUGUACGGAGCAUUCCACCAGAACAGGCUGUCCAAGAAGGAGGCAGCUUUCAGAGAAGUCGAACUUAAACAGAAAGCCAUCCGUGAUGAGAAAUUAGCCGCUGAAAAGAAACUAGCUGCCGACAAGGAAAUCGCAGAGUUGGAGGCGCUCGCUAAAUAAAUUAUCCAAAAAUGAUUGUUAUUUGUAAAUUAGUAGAUUAAAGGUACCAACAAAUAA